AUCCUGUACAUGGUCCACAGAAUGUGGAGGUUGUUGACAUCCGAUCUCGGCAGCUGACCUUGCAGUGGGAGCCCUUCGGAUAUGCUGUGACUCGUUGCCACAGCUAUAACCUGACAGUCCAUUACCAGUAUGUGUUCAACCAGCAGAAAUAUGAGGCGGAGGAACUAAUUCAGACGUCAUCACACUAUACUUUGCGGGGACUGCGACCAUUCAUGACUAUCCGACUGAGGUUGGCUCUUUCAAACCCAGAGGGCAAGAUGGAGAGUGAAGAGCUGGUAGUUCAAACUGAGGAGGAUGGUAAGGAAAAAAGAAAGCGCUAAUGACUUAAAAUGUUAAAGUAGUUGAAAACACAAGUUGUGACUAUCAGUGUGUACACGUGCAUACACAUGGACAGCCACAAAAUGCAAGGGAGGCAAUAAUAAUAAUAAUAAUAAUAAUAAUAAUAAUAAUAAUAAAUAUUUAUAUCACAAUCGUAACUAGCCUGAAUGCCCUAUUUAAGUAGAUGACCUGAGCAAUUCUGAAUACUCCUUUCUUGUGGGUGGAAAUUUUAGAAGAAGGUAUAAGUAUUGUAAACAAUAACUGCUUUUUCUCAUGUCCUUCCUAGUUCCUGGACCUGUUCCCCUUGAAUCGAUUCAGGGUGGACCUUUUGAAGAAAAGAUCUACGUUCAGUGGAAGCCACCAAAUGAGACUAAUGGAAUAAUUACACUCUAUGAGGUAAGGGAAAUUGAUUGUUAGAUGAUGCAAGAUGUACUUCCACCUGUGGUGAAUGUGGCAUAGAUGCCUUUUAGGUGUUGGCUGUGUGUCCCAAGGCCUGCACCUGGUGUUGGGAAGAAAAAUCUAUGAAAAAUACUGCAGACUAAAACUCUGGAAUAGAAGAAGCCUAGGGGCUGCCUUAUUUCCAGGUAUAAUUAGCACUACAUGAGUAGUUUUACUGCAUUGCAUGUGCAAAUGCAUUUAUACUUACAUUUGUGCGGUUGAUAUUGUCUCAUGCCCACCAGUUGGUGGUCAUCUUCUGAUGUGGGUUCAUAGAUAAUGGCAUCCACGUUGCAUCUUCUCUGUGCAGUGUCUGGCAUUUGCUAUAUGACAAUGUAUUUGCUAAUAACUGCUGGGAAUCUUAGGGCCUGCAGACCGCAUCUAGUCAUUUUACUUCUCACUGUAAUUCCUUUUGUUCUGUAGGGAAAAACAAAUAUCCUCUUUUCAUAUGAGUUGAGUUGUUGUUGGUAGAAAUCCUUUCUAGGUUGGAAGCAACCCACAGUCCUUACAAUAUGUACUCUUGGCCUGCAUACAGAUUUCCCUGAGCUUUUCUGUUAAGUGAAAUAAUAGUCUUUUGGGAUCAUUAUCCACAUCAUAAUGGAUAAUGGCCAUAGCAGAGAACUGGGGUGGGGGUUGCCUGUGGGCAGGAUAUCAUUAUUACAUUAAUUUUAAUCCACUCUGAGAGUUCUGUGUGCUCAAGAGUGGGGCAAUCAUUACCAAUAUAAAAUAGAGGAAGUGAAAAAUCAGCAGUGUUGACAAGGUAGCCAAAUGAAGUUCAUGAACUCCUGUACAAAACUUAGGUCCUGAACUCUGUAUGACGGCAGCAAGGGAUUAAAUGUGAAUACUAAAAUUCCAUCUAGUUUCCUGCCUAUAAUUUUCUUGAAAGGCCCAUUUGAUGCACUGGAAAAAUAUAUUUUAAGGUAGAAUACGAUCUUGCCUGUUGCGUCUCAUUUCAACCACUUCUAUGACUGUAGCAAUUCUACCGGUUGUCUGUGCUGUAAAAACAGAUGGCAGAGGGCUGGCUGUUUGCAGCAAGGUUAAUGUGCUGAGCCUCUCACAUCUGGAAACAUGAUUUUCGAAAGUGGUUUGGGUCAAAGUAAGAAAUUGAGUUGAAUAGUUUCAGCUGAGUCUCUGGUGGAUGUUUGCACAUGUCACUAAAAGGCUUCCACAAUUUGUUCUUCCUUGUAAUGUCUGGGCAAAGGAAAUCCUCAGCUACAUGAGGCAUUAGUGUUGAACAUUGCAGCUGAGGCACAUGGCAGAUUGGUAUAUGGGAAAUGGUUUGCAAAUGAAUUAAGACAAUACUGUUUUGUUUCACUGUUUGGCAUGACAGGUGUGGUGCAGAUCCCAGAACGUGAAGGCAGAUAAUAAGCUGCACACUGAAUCUUACCUCAGUGGAAACUGUUUUCUGGGAAUCUGUAUGAUCUUGUGAGUUACUAUGAAAAUAAAAGAGCAUCAGUUACAAUGAAAAAGAUAACACCUUGUAAUUUUUUAGAGACAGUUUGCCAUUUACACUGCCUGCAGGUACAGAACACUGGAAGGAUUUUCCCACUCCUGAAGUUACUUAUCCGACUGAACAGAUAUAGAGUGGGGGUGAUGCAUCAUAAAAAUCAUCUUGGUUGAUUCCACAUAAAAGUGUUUAAUUGAUAAUGGUCAUCAUUUAUUCAUUCAGCUUGUUAUAGAGCAUCCAGAUGAGAUGGCUGAGAAUGUGCACUGACCACAAAAUUGGUUCAGGCUCUACUUCAGAUCUGUUGGUCCGCAGUGAUUUGGAGAUUUUUCCUGUGUGUGUGUGUGUGUACACACACACAAUUUUAAAAAUAAAUCAUGCAAUUAUGGGCAAAUUAAUAAUAAAUGAAUGAACAAGAAACUUCCCACACUGCAAAUAAAUAAGUUAGAAAGAAUCCACCACCAGGAAACAAGAAAUUGAUAAUUAAAGCCAUGUUGUGGCUGCGAGGGGAGGAAAUCUGUGGUUUAACAAUUGCGAAUGUGUGGAGAGGAAAUUCACCUCUUACUGGAUUUCAGGUGGGGGAGCAAGGGACCUAGGUCAUCAUGAAACUCAUCUCCCCUCCAUUUCCCCCUUUGCUUUGCCCUUCAGUCCCAGGCAUGACAUUACUGAUAUCACCUAUUUAAGGAGGCAUUUCCUGUUUCCUGGCAGUCUCUUUAAUUACUUCAUUUUAUUUUAUUUUUAGGGUAAUUGCAUAGCUGCAUAAUUAUGAUUAUAAAUUGGUGGUUGUUGUUUUUUUAAAAAACAAGCAAUUAAAUAGUACACUGUGGGGUCAUGGUGGUGACCCUACAGUGUGCAGAGUUGUGUCCUUAAUGAAUGAGCAUUUCUUUUCCCCUGGCACUUACACUUACCUAGAAGUAAAUCCUACUGAAAACUACCUUCUAAAUAUAUAUGCUUAGGAUAAAGCUAUAUUGGGCAGAUUUUCAUGUGGUGUGGUGAAGUGAAGUGGUCACUCCCAUGAAGUUCGUUCAUCAUUUGACAACCAGGAGAAGCAAAAUACAUCAGAAUGGAAGAUUUGGAAGAGGGGAAGCUACUGCUGAUAUUUAUCAAGAAUCUUGUCAUUUGGGGCAGGCAAGGGAACCCAGACUGAAAUACCCCCAAUAUUUUAGCUUAUAGAUGCUAGUGGAACCAUAAAGUCCAUGUCCCACAAAAGCUGGUGGCUUGUUCUUUCCAGGACUGGUCCUUUCAUUAGGCAGAAUAAUGCAGGCAUCUAUCAUGAUGGGUGCUGGUGGUUGGGGGGGGGGCAGGUGUGUAGCCCUCUCUGCUCCCUUGGUCAUUUUUCUUGAUUCCCUGACCAUUUACCUAUGUUGGAACAAAGAUAUGUGUGCGCUGUGUGCACUGUGCCUCUUAAGCCGGGGACAAGGAUAUCUAAGGAAGUGUCUCACCCACUUCUCAGAUACAGAACUGCUGAAAAUAUCAUACGCCCCAGAGUUGCACUCUGCUUUGUUGUUUUUUGAGUUUCUAUGGAUUAUUUUAUUGUUUUUUUAAAAGAGUUUGUUGAGUGGAUUUUAUAAUUUUUAGAACUUUUGUUUGUGUGUUCUGUUCUGUUUUUAUUUUGUAUACCACUCUGAUGGUCUUAUGUUGUCAAGCAGUCUAUAAAUUUGUAUAAUAAUAAUCUAACCUGCUGUCUCAUAACUGAUGUUGACAUAAGAUUCAGCUCUCAGUUUAGUUUGACUUCCGUAAAUUGAGUGAGGACUACCCUCUCCUUUGCCUCAGCCAGUAAAAAAUGCCUUGUGAUAGCCUUGAGUCUUUCUGGCAAAAGUUGGAAUGCUAUGCUUACCUAGACAGGCUGCCACCAUAACAUCUGUCCCAGUGCUUCAAAUACAAGCUGUCUUGGCCAGCAGUUUUAGUUUGCAAGUUAUUAUAUCCUUGCCAUAAUGUUGAUUCAUUCAGUCAAUCAAUAACAACGGCUGACCUUACAGACUCUAUACAGUGGUACGUCGGGUUAAGUACUUAAUUCGUUCCGGAGGUCCGUUCUUAACCUGAAACUGUUCUUAACCUGAAGCACCACUUUAGCUAAUGGGGCCUCCUGCUGCCACUGCACCGCCACUGCACGAUUUCUGUUCUCAUCCUGAAGCAAAGUUCUUAACCUGAAGCACUAUUUCUGGGUUAGCGGAGUCUGUAACCUGAAGCGUAUGUAACCUGAAGCGUAUGUAACCUGAUGUACCACUGUACAUCCAGAUACUGUAUAGCUAAAUAGAGCCAUGAGUGCCCGAAGGGACCAAAAAGCCAUCAACGUAAACCCACCCUUCAAGGAGAUCAUCAUGUUAACAACCUGCAGAUCUAAAAGCCUAACUAUCUUCACACCCCUAAUAAGACUUCUUAGGAUAUAGAACACUGUUAUGGCUAGCACAUGCAGACCAACGGUGAGAAGGAAGUUGCCAGCAUCAACCUCCAAGCCGAAGUAAAGUCAUGAUAACUUUAGUCAGAUACGGGAAAGCUUUGGCCCUCCAGAUGUUACUGAACUACAACUCCUGUCACCCCUGGCCAUUGAUCAUGGUUGCUGGGGUUGAUUGGAGUUGUAGUUCAGCAACAUUUGGAGGGCCAAAGGUUCCUUGCACCUGACUUUAGUUCAUAAAUAACUACCUCACAGUGUAAAACACUUUAUACUUCCAAUGUCCCCGAUGAGACUUUUAUGACACCCUUGCUGCAGUGUGGUGUAUUCUUCACACAAACACUAUUUGCAGUGUUUAAUAAAUCAAAACUACAGGCUUGCUGAUUAAGAAAGUGGUUUUAAAAUGUUGAGUUCCACUUUUUCCCGUGAUUCAUUGAAUCCAGGCAGAAAGGGGUUAUAACACACAUCACACAGAAUGUACACCCUCAGAACGCAGACAGAAUCUAUUCCAAAGUGGCAGGUAGCUAACUAUUCAAGGCAGGCAGGCAGAUGAUUGUGGAUGUGAUGACUAGAGGAUGUUGAGCAGACGGAGACAUGGGUUACAAGAAAAAAGAGAGAUCACAGUUGCAUUUUAAAAUCAGUCAGGAAAGAAAACUGAUAGGUGACAGAGCUAAAGAGAGACACUUGAUGUAGCAAUGUGGAAUGAUUGCAGGCAUGCCUGCGCAAAUGUUUAAACUAUGUAUCCGAUAGGCAGUGUAGCUUUUGCAAAUAAAUAAAUGUUUAAAAUGGUGCAGAAUGGAUACUUUAAGUCUGAUCCUUUAAGCAUCUGCAAUGGUGGUGGGGCAAAGACACAAGCUCUGAACCCCAGCAGAGUGAUGUAUUAGGAAAGCUGUGUGUGUGUGUGUGUGUGUGUGUGUGUGUGUGUGUGUUGAGAAGCAUUAUAUGGAUGCUCCGUUAAGUCCAUUUCCUAUCUAGAUGUGAAUGGCAGAACUAAUACAGUUCAUUAAGGUUUCUCUAUUCUUCUGAAAGCUUCCCUCCUAUGAGUCAAACGUUCAAAAUGCCUAAGAGGCAUCACUCUGAAUGAUGUAGACUGUAUGAUGAGGGCACUCCUGCAGCAUUAAUGUCAUUGUCCUGAAUUUGUAAAUACAAAUAUGUGGAACUUAUUGAAGAUGAUGAUGAUAUUUACCCUAACCAUAAAUUUGUAAGCCUCGUAGCCACAGCCGUCUGCAUUUCUGUGCCAUGUGUCUGUGUGUGUGUGUGUGUGUGUGUGUGUAUGUAUAUAUAUGUGUGUGUAUAUAUAUAUAUAUAUAUAUAUAUAUAUAUAUAUAUAUAUGAUGGAGGGAAGUUUUAAAGGGGACACAGAUUUUCACAGGUUUUCAUGGUAUCUUGAGCUGUGUUCUAAGAACUAGUGUUCUUUGUUUUUUUUUAAAAAAAAUCUAAAUUUGAAAUCCUUUUUUUUAAAAGUCACCGUGACAAUCUGGAGUAAUGCAAGCAUUCUUCUGUCCAUCUUUCCCAGAAUACCUAGUUAGCAGAAGAGAAGAGGCAAUUAAGGCAAGCAGGUAGGAGUGGAAUUAGGGUAUCAAUAACGCAGUUGGCAAAAAGAGGGUGGGGGGGUCCAGCACUGGCAGUGGGAUCCAUAAAUCAGGAUCUUCUUAUGUCCUUAAGAUGCUACAUCAGGGUAGAGGCAUAGGUUGUGCCACAGCUGAUGUGUCAGCAGAUCAUGCUGCCUGCAUCCUCUUGUUAACCUUCACACAUCCUUAAAAUCCUGUAGUAUCACUCAAAUGUCAUAUGAGUGAAGCGAGCUAUUGAUAUGUGACUUUCUCAGUUAAUCUAAUUGUGUCACACAUUUCAAAUUAUGGUAAUUUAAAGAUACCACACAUGGGGGGGGAAUGAAUUAAUUUUAAAGAAUCAAUUAAGCCUUGGCACUAUUUAAACAUGGUAAUUUAAAGAUACCACACAUGGGGGGGGGGAAUAUGUGCCUAUCCUAUAUCUGAACUUAACCUUCUUUCUGGUUUUCCUUCUUAUUGCGUUCAUAACAACUCUGCAAUUGUAAUUAGAUGAAUCUAGUAGAAUGUCUAAUGUUUUCAAGGGGAAAGAGUUGGGAUUCAUUUUAAAGCAUUUCUGCUUCUAUCUCAGUCAAAACGAGUUUCUAGUUACUGGUAUGUAUUUUAGCUUGCAUUUAAAUGCAGGCUUCUAGAAUACCUCUGGGAUUCAUACAAGCCAGAAAGGAUCCCCAUCUCCACUUUUGUCCUUCAGGCUAGAUGGAAUGUGUACUAGAUUUCUUGCAGUUCCUUAUUUAUAAAAAAUCCCCACCACCACCAGUAGAGAAGAAGAAUUGGUUCUUAAGAGUUUAUAAUCUUCCCAAGAGGCAAAUUUGGGGGAAUAUAAAUAAUGUUAUUUUUAAAACAAUACAACAUCUCCAACUUUGCAUUAGAACACCAUCACUACUCUAAAAUGGAACAAAGACUAGAAAGCAUGAUAUUAUUUCUUCAGUCAAACUGCCUUUACUUUGGCUCAAUAUUCUUCAUCCUCAAUUUAGCAAAUAAUGCACUUUUUAAAGGGAAAAAGAACUGAUUUGGGUGUUGAGCAAUUGGCUUAAUUGUACGGGGGGGGGGGGGCAGGAAGCAAUAGUAAUAUCAAGGUGAUAUUCUUCAUAGAUAUGGAGGGAAGGCAAACAAAAUCACAAUGAAAUGGAUAGCUGGGCUCCACCAAAAUGCAGUCCAGAAUCCCACCACCACUACCAAAGUGGUGGAAAAUUGGUUUCUACAACAAAGCAAUUAUCUGAUUGCUUCAUUAUUUGCCUUUCAACAAUGUGGUGAACAAUCCACAUUCUACUGAGCAGAAAGGAAAACUGAGAAUCCUCCCAGAGUAAAAAAUAAAUUUAAAAAAUAACACUUCAGUUUUUGUUUUUUAAAAGCCAGUCCAGGACACACAUUCAGUUAUGUGAAGAUAACUUCUCAACAAUUGAAAUAAAAAUCCCAGGCCUGUUUCUGUAAGCACCCAGCCAUAACUAUGGGAUGAGAAAGAGGAAAGGGGCUCUGUAGAGCAAAUCCUGGAACAAACCCUGAGGAGCACCAUAAGGGAACGUGCCUGUCUUUACUUGGGAAAUGGUUACCUUAUGGGCGCCAUAGGCAGAAUCAGUUUAAACUGGCUCCACCAAGCUCCAAGUUACCCUCACGCCAGUCCUGGUUCACCCUGUUCCAAGGUAAUAGGGAACAAAUGAUGGGUAUUCAGUCCCAAAACAGCUCUAAAAUAAACUUAUCUGUAAAUUCUAAAUACUGCAGUAGCUUCAGAUGCUGUGUACCAUUUACAGCAAAAAGAUGAAAGGAGAGAGGGGAUUAAAAGCAUUAUGUGGAUCAUUUCUUCAGGAUAUUUAGAAUCAGACACAUUCCAGAGUGAUCUCUCCUGUUACUGAUGCAUUGUGGAAUUCUGCAUACUAGGUUUGUUAACCUCCUUCUGGAAACAUUUUGCUGCUUCUCCAAAUUGUCUUGGCUUCCUCCAGUUCAGGAGUAUGGCCAAAAGCUCUUCUUAUCCAUUUUUUUUUAAUUGAAUUGCUGAAGCAGUGCAAAGUGAAACUAAUCUGGAUUGUACCACUGUAGACUGGAGGUGGGCAAGUGCAUGACUGAAUGUUCUGCCUACUAAAAAGUUAUCUGCGCACAGAAAGGAAAACGUCAGGGGGAAAUGUUCUCGAUUCACUGUCUCCCCGGCAUAGAGAUGGAUGAACCCACUGAAGUCUGGCCCAUUUGAGUUCUACAUAGGGAUGGGGAGGUACAUAAAAUUCUGCAAGAAAUAUGAUUAAAAGCACAUUGAGGCAGUCUGAAGGCUAAAGCACUGCCCUUUUAAAAAACCCUUUCUAAAGACUACCAAAAUAAUGUCACCUAAAGAUGUCACCCCAGCCUGGAGUAAUUAUUAUGCAUAUUACUGUCAUACCCUUUGAGUUAGAGCAGGCAUAGGCAAACUUGGCCCUUCAGAUGUUUUUGAGACUACAAUUCCCAUCAUCCCUGACCACUGGUCCUGUUAGCUAGGGAUGAUGGGAGUUGUAGUCCCAAAACAUUUGGACAGCCGAAUUUGCCUAUGCGUGAGUUAGCAUGAUAGUACUUGUAUGGUGGCAGGGGCAGGGCAGAGUGGGGGCAGUGGCAGAGCUUAUGCCUGCGCUGCCCAGGGCAAGCACACUCCCGAGGGUGCUGUGGCACCCUGCCCUCCCAGGCACGGGAUAGCUCAGGGGUGGAGGAAGGGGGUGGGGGUGGGGCGGAUGGCCCCGGUUGUCUUCACUGAGGGGGGUGACAUUUAGCGCACCACCCGCCUGCGACUCCCAAGCCUUCCCCAGCUGUCAAAACUAUGGCUCGGGGUAGGCUUUGGAGUCUCAGGUGGGUGGCGUGCCAAAUGUCAUCCCCCCUCAGCGAAGACACCUGGGGCAGUCCGCCCCCACCACCCCUCCUUCCUCCGCCCCUGAGUGGGGGUGGGGAUGUUAUAUUCAACAGGAAAGUCACCUGACUUUGGAAAAUCAGACAAAGCACCACCUUAAGAGCAAGGCACAGUGUGAUGUCAGGCCCAGGUGCAGCAAUCUGAGGCAACCAGACAGGCACCAAGGUGACUUUGUUGUUGUUGUACACCCUUAAUUUCUAACACACUUGAAACAUGGGCCCAUAUUUAAGAGCAUUUUUUGGUUUCGCUUUUUCUACAUGCAUUCCUGCAGUACUGUAAAACAAUUUACAGAUGAGGUAUUCUCUGUGCUUUUCCAAGGAGCCUAUUUUUUUUAAAGAAAAAAAAAAACUUAUACAGUUCACAGGAAGCGCUGGCACAGCAAGUUGUAUGUGUAUUAUAGCAAAAUAUUCUUAGCCCCAAGGACUGAGAGGGGUACAGUACAGGAGAUUGAAUAACCUCUAGAUGCUUUAAUCUUAUCAAAGCAAUUUCUAUAGUUGUCAUUUUAUGUGCUAUUAAACUGAACAAUGCUGUUCUCCAAUAAAGCCAUUUGAAAUAACAGCUCAUUAAAAUUGCUUCUCUAAUAUAUAGCUUUCUAAUUAAUGUCAAUGGGUUACAGAGCUUGGGAAGCAGAAUUGACUAUAAUGUUUGGGAAGUAGGUAAAAUAAAAAAUAAUAUAUAUUUUAUCACUAAUGACCUUUUAGUAAACCUAAUGAAAUCCUUAAUGGUCUGUAUACAUCACAGUAGAGCUCACGGUUGCUUUGUUAUCCACUUCAUUUUCCCACUUUACAUUUACGUUGCUCCAUUUAGCUUUAUUUAUAGCCAAUGAAUAAAACACCAUUUUCAGGGAAGCAUGAGUAAGACGGCAAGAACCCAGAAAAUACAGUGGAUUAUGAACAAUACACUGUGGUCCCAGUUUGGGGGGAAAGGAGGCAGUUAGCUAUGGAUGAGAAGCACACCAUACCUCCUUGUCUUCAUUAGUAUUGUUAGAAAAAUUGGGUGCCACCCCCCUCUCUACCAAGCUGGAGCGAGAUUCCAAAGGGUUCCAGGCACUCACCCUGGGUCUAUGGUUCUUUGCAGGAUUGAGACAUGGCAGAGACUGUCAUAGCUUUAAGACCUUCAGUCUUUAUGGAGGGAGCUGAGAUCUUACAGCAUGGUCAUUUCAAGAGGGUCUUGUACUCUGCAGCAGUGCAACCCCGGAUUCAAAGGCAUGUCUCCCAUCCAACCUGCAGCCAGCCAGCCCAAGAUGGAUCCCAGUCUUCCUUCUUUCCUUCUUCUUCCCAGCAACACUUGCUCAAGAAUCUUUUUCUGUCACGUCACACCUUGGCAACCUUCCAAACCCCCAAUCUCUCUUUGCACCUCAGAGCAAGGGGGCGGGGGGACACAGUUCUGUUGUAUUGCCAAUGGUCCUCAGUGGCCCUCUAGUGUUUCUUAAUGGCCCUAGCUUGGCCGAGUCAUUUUGCAUAGGCUUGCCCAGAAAUUCCUCUGCAGCUUGUUUUUCUCCCUUCACAUCCCAAAUAAUCAAAAUCCCACCAUUUAUAAAUUUCUAGAGUUUAGGGGGCCCCCUCCCAAAUCUAUAACACUGACCCCCCAUUUAGCAAAAGGGACAGAUUUACACAGCUAUGCAGCAGAAAACAGUACAGCUACUGGCAACAUUCAGAGCAAUCCACCAAAGCAGAUAAUAGCACAGUGACACAUUAACACAACAAAAGUUCCUCUCUACGUGAUCUCCAGCUUCUUGGAUUCCUUCAGGACUUCUCUUUCCUCCUGUGGUACCCUCUGGUCACCAUUCUACACCCCAGUGCAGCUUACUCAGGCACCCACACUUGGCAGCUUCCAUGACAUGUUUAAGCCAGGGUGUCCUCGUCAGUGCCAGAGAUGUCUCACCCACAGACUUGGACUGAAUAGUUUUAUUUUCAGAAAGUAAUCAUGGUUUGAGGUUGCAAGAAGGUUAAAACAUAACAAGCUUAAUACUGUCACCAUCCUGCCACAUAGCCUCCUGAUGUAUGCCUAGCUGCAGUAAAGUAUUAAAUAAAUAAAUAAUCAAUAAAUAAAUUGUCUGGUAGUACUUUAGAGACCAACUAAGUUUGUUCUUGGUAUAAGCUUAUGUGUAUCUGAAGAAGUAUGCAUGCACACGAAAGCUUAGUUGGUCUCUAAGGUGAUGCGUCAGACCAACACAGCUACCUACCUGAAUCUAGCUGCAGUAAACGGAUCUUCUCCCCCAAUCCAUGAAUUUCAAGAGGAGCAUGAACAUUGUAGGUGGGUGGAUACAGUCAUGUACAGAUUGCAAUUGAAAUGAUAAUACAGUGGUACCUCAGGUUAAGUACUUAAUUCGUUCUGGAGGUCCAUACUUAACCUGAAACUGUUCUUAACCUGAAGCACCACUUUAGCUAAUGGGGCCUCUUGCUGCUGCCGCACCGUCGGAGCACAAUUUCUGUUCUCAUCCUGAAGCAAAGUUCUUAACCUGAAGCACUAUUUCUGGGUUAGCGGAGUCUGUAACCUGAAGCGUAUGUAACCUGAAGCAUAUGUAACCUGAGGUACCACUGUAUUUUGAUUCUCCAAAGAAAUUACCCUCCCUUCAAAAAGUUCAGGUUUUGUCUAAAAUUCAGUGUUAUUCUUGACCAAACAUUAAAUAAAUUAGACCCCAUACACAGCUUUCCCCCCAAGAUACUUUGGUAUAGUUGACUUUGUUCCUAUUCUGUAUUUUAGAUUAUAUGAGCUAAUCUUUGAGAUGUGAUGUAAUCUACUUUGGGGUUGGAAUUAGGAUGGAAUGACUGCCUGAAAUUAGGAUAGAAUGGUUGCCUACCAUCCUUAGGCAACCAAAUCUUAAUAUUACUGAUAUAAUUAGAUACCACUGAUCAUAUUGCAAUAUGACAUAAUCAUCCUGUUAAAAUAAUAUGAAGAUAUCACAUUUACCGUAUUUUUUGCACCAUAACACUCACUUUUUUCCUCCUAGAAAGUAAGGGGAAAUGUCUGUGCGUGUUAUGGAGGGAAUGCCUACGGGUGGCAUGCCUACAGAUUUUCCUCCUCUAAAAACUACGUGCGUGUUAUGGUCGGGUAUGUGUCAUAGAGCGAAAAAUACGGUACCCAGUUAGCUGCUUAGAUAAGAAGUCACAAUAAUUUAUUUGUACUUCACAAAAUCCAAGCUUUCUUUCAAUUUAGUUGUCCAUAAUUUUUUUAUGUUAUUGAUGUGGACAUCUCCUAAUCCCUAGCUUUACCAAAGAAAACUAUAUUUAUACUGUCCCUGUUAUUUGAUGUUAAAAUAACCACUACUACACAGCUACUGUGUGUGUGGUGUGUGGUUUUUUUGGGGGGGGAGGGGAAUCACCAAGGAAAUGUUUGCUCACUUGUUUCCCAUGAAGAUUAGACAUCUUGGCUACUGCACCACAGCAGUGUUGGCAAGGGAAUCAGCAAGCCCAUUGCACUACUAAUGCAUGAUGUUCUAACGACCUUGGCUAGGCAGAAAUAAUGAGGCAUAGCCUUGGGCUAUAAAUCACACUGAUUUGGGAACUGUAGGAACUCAUUCUGUUUCGCCAUCGGCAAAGGUCUGCUCUGCUGUCAGCAGAGUUUCUUAGACUCCUAGCUUCCUCUGUCAUGGUAAUCAAGUGCCAAGAAGACGGCUUAUAAAAAGAGUUUUUAGGAAGCCCCCAGUUACUGUACUUACUACUGGUUUAACUCGCGUAAUCCCAGCAGCAAUAUGGCUGUGCCAAGAAGGAAGGUGUUGCUUCUCUUAGCUUAUUUUGUUGAGAGGUUUUAAAUAAAGAAAACAUUAUACACUUUUACAAAAAGCCUGCCUGGACCACAAAAUCCCCUACAGCAAAUGUGUGUUAUUUUAUUGUCCACAAUAAGUCAUAUUGAUGAACUGCUAUCUUUCCUUGUAAGCAAAAAAUUUAAAAAAGCCUGGGGUUUGUUUGUUUUUCAAGUGGUUACUUUUCAUUUAGCAGCUUGUGGUUUCUUUAAGGAACAAUAAGGAUAAUGGGAUAAUGAUAACAGUUUAAAAUCUCUAGCAAGGAAAGUAUAAGGUUUGUUUUUUUUUUGAUGCUUUCAAAAGCAUAACAGCUUAGUUGGAAACCAAUAUUUUAGAGGCUUGGGAAGCAUUUUUUAAAAGUGUCUAGUUAGCUGCAAAUGUUUCUUACGCCUGCAGAGGAUAUUGGGAGAAGUGGGGAGGCCAAGAAGGCUGCAAGUUUAUUGUGUAUAUCCAGCCCAAUGAAGCAUCCAUGUGUAUUAGCCAGGGCCCCAGGAGUGUUUGCCUCAGCAACCCCUAGCAGGAAUUAGAGGAGUGUAAAAUGGAAAGUGAAUGGCUUCCGGCAGAAGAAGACGCUGCCUUGUGUCAUCUGCUAUUAUCAUCCCUCUGGAGGUGUGGCUUAUAGCCUUUCAGGCCAUAAGUCUUUUCUGCAAAAACAAAAAACCCAAAAAAACCAGACACCAAGAUAUCCAAAGAAGCUAUGAAAAUGUUUUCAAUGAAAUAGCCCACAAGCCGGUUCUAAAUUAGAUGUUACAUGACAUCUCUGUGUAGUUCUCUGCCCUUUUUUUUUAAUGAAAUAGAAUCCAAAGGAAGUGGUGAUCAUGGGUGGAGGAAUGAUGGAGUCAGAGGCUGAUUAACCCUUUAUUAUCUUGUUAUUUUGACUCUAAAUCACCAACCAAUUUGGCUUUCUAUUCAGGGGGCAAAAACCAAGUAUCUUUUCCUAAACAACUGGGGAGAAGCUUCAACAGGGGGUUUAAUUGGAAGCAGCUGGCAUGGUAGGGUGUGGUGGGGCAGGAUGGCAGUGAGCCCAUUCCAGCACUGCCACACAGACUCGACCUUGCUGCCAUCCUGCCCAUAGCUGUCAACGUUUCCCUUUCUUUAAGGGAAAUUCCCUUAUUCCGAAUAGGAUUCCUCGCAAGAAAAGGGAAAAGUUGACAGCUAUGAAUUCCUGCCACAUCCCAUCUAACAAAGCAGCAUUGAUGCUACUGUUGCAAAAUCUGCAGAAAAGCACCACCAGCUGCUACUACAUUUGAAAUAUUUCAAAUAUGUGUUGCUUUUCUAUAAGUCAGUUUAUACUCUUUUAAAAGUAAAUGAAAAGAAUAUAAUAAACUUUUUUUAAAAAACCAAAACCACAUACCUUUGCAUAUCUUUCGUUUUGUUUCAUUUUUAAAGUUUAAUGAAGUUAUAUUCAUUUUUUUAAAAAAAACCCCAGACAUACAACCAUUAAUAUUUUUGAGUUUUAUAAAACUCAGGAAAUUGACAACAAGUCCAUAUCAAAAGGCUGUUGAUCUGGUGUAAGGUAAAGGUAAAAGGACCCCUGACCAUUAGGUCCAGUCAUGACCGACUCUGGGGUUGCGGCACUCAUCUCACUUUAUUGGCCGAGGGAGCCGGCGUACAGCAGUUAGUCAUGUGGCCAGCAUGACUGAGCCGCUUCUGGUGAACCAGAGCAGCACACAGAAAUGCUGUUUACCUUCCCGCCAGAGCGGUACCUAUUUAUCUACUUGCACUUUGAUGUGCUUUCGAACUGCUAGGUUGGCAGGAGCAGGGACCGAGCAACAGGAGCUCACCCCAUCACGGGGAUUCGAACCACCAACCUUCUGAUCGGCAAGUCCUAGGCUUUGUGGUUUAACCCACAGCGCCACCCGCAUCCCUGUUGAUCUGGUGUACGUCAACAUAAAAAUAUAUUGCUUUUCUGUGCAAGAGAAGAAACAUCAAUAUAGAAGAUGGGCGCAGGGUGUGUUAAAAAAUACUCUUAUUAGAAGUAGUAUAGCUUGGGUGAGAUGGGGUCUAAUGAGAAACUCAACAAAAUAUUAUUGUUUUUACUUUCAGUUUAUCUAGGAAAUCCAGCGACUUUGUAGGGCAUACAUAUAAAAGUGUGGGUGUGUGCAAUCAAAAUUUGCAUUGCUAUUCCCAUUUCCUUUAGCUUCUGGCCUUAGAGAUUUUGCAUUUUAGCCAAUGUAGUUCUGUUGUGCUCAGUACUGCAUUUAACAACAUACCACUCUCUGGCUUCACUGCUGCAAAACAUUUUCGCUUCUAAAAUUUAUUGCUUAUAAAUAUUGCCAGCAGCUAGACACAUUGCAGUCUGCUGUAAGCCCAUUCUGCCUUGGCAGUGCCUUGAAAAGUGCUCAUUUUUGUAAUGAAAAGUUAAGAUCCGAUGUGCCAGAGCUCCUCACUAAGGUUGUGACUGUUUUGCUUGUCCAGUGUCAUCCCGGUAGACAUGUCCCUGGAUAAAUAUUUAGAUGAAGGAAUAGUGCCUUCCGUUUGACAGCAUUUGUGCUAUAUACAAAAGGCCCUGGAGUUAACUCUUUUUGUUGCAACAUGCCAGAUACCUUGUACUGUGAAGAAGACGUUCAGUUUUAUAUCAACGUUGCAGUCUUAAAUGAAUCAGAUCAGAAAAUGAGGAAUGGAACACAAAUGAGUAUUAUUCUAACUCCCAUUUUGGCUUACUGGAAGUGAUUAGGAGGCAGCAGAGGUUCCUCUCCACACAAAAGGGCAUUUCCUUCAUAGUGGCACCUGCUUUAAAAGUGCAGUGGUACCUCAGGUUACAUACACUUCUGGUUACAUACGCUUCAGGUUACAGACUCCGCUAACCCAGAAAUAGUGCUUCAGGUUAAGAACUUUGCUUCAGGAUGAGAACAGAAAUCUCUGUUCUGGCGGCGCAGCGGCAGCAGGAGGCCACAUUAGCUAAAGUGGUGCUUCAGGUUAAGAACAGUUUCAGGUUAAGUACGGACCUCCGGAACGAAUUAAGUACUUAACCCAAGGUACCACCGUAUGGAGUUAACAGUGGCAGUUCUUCAGGUCAUUAGUAGUCAGUGUUAUGUUUCCAAAUGGGGAGGUAGGGCAGGAGAGACACUAGGACAGGGGCCUUCCUCUUCACCAGCUUAGAGCUGUAGUAACUACAGUCAUACCUUGGGUUGAAUAUGCUUCGAGUUGAGUGUGUUUAAGUUGCGCUCCACGGCAACCCGGAAGUAAUGGAGCGCAUUACUUCUGGGUUUCGCCAUUUGUGCUUGUGCAGAUGCUCAAAAUGAUGACACGCGCAUGCGCAGAAGCGGCAAAAAGCGACGUGCCCGUGCGCAGACGUGCCGUCGCUAGUUACGUUUACCUCUAGAUGCAAACGGAGCUCCGGAACAGAUCCCGUUCGUAUCUAGAGGUACCACUGUAGUUGCUUCCCUGCUGGGACCAAAGGACACUUAAAAAAUAAAAUAAGCAAACACAAUUUGCUUGUUUAUUUAAAAAAUGACCUUUUAAAAUGUCUCUUUAAAUAAUAAAUAAAAGAUUGCAACUUUUAUAGUAGCAGAAACAGGACAUGGGAUGAAAGUGAGUAUGUUCAUGCUUUAAUUAAUUUUAAAAAUGUGUCAUGUCUAGGGAAAGUAUAUCUUUAAAAUAAUCUUUUUUAUUAGACGUGUUUAUGGAACCUGAAUUGAUGUCAUGCUCAGGUUCACAAACUAUAAAUGUUACAUUCAUGGUUUAUGUUUAUUUUAGUGUUGGCUUAUUAGAAUUAUUCUCUGGAAUUAUUUGUAGUCGGAAACCAUAAGGAUAUGUUUUAGUCUUAAAACUUGCACCUCUAAGUGGAGUAGCAAUAAAUGCAUUGUAGGGUGUUAAUAAUAUUUAUUCAGGUAUAGAUGCCUUGGAACAUAUAACGUAUCCUAACCAUAUGUAUAAAAUGGUCAAAAAGUGUAGUACUUAAGGUGUAAAACUAUGUAUUCAGAAAUUCCUAAAAUGUGCAUAGUACCAUGUCUUACGUUUGACUAAUGUAUUAUACUUUUCACUUUCUUAUUCUUGAAGCAAAUGACUAGCUAAGGCUGAGAGAGGUAGUGAUUUGUCCAGAACUGCCCAUGAAGCUUCAUGGCUGGAAAAGGAUUAUAUCAUGUUGGUUCACAUUCAAACUUAGCCCUGUAACCACUAGUCCUCAUUGGCAUUGGUCUCUUAGAGUGCAUGAUGUAUAGGGCUUUCUCUGUGACACUGAGGAGGGUUUUUCUUCUAGAAAAAAUGGUGCUGGUACUCAUCAUAAAGUUGUUACAGUAAAUGCCACACAUUUAACCAGUGCUUUUCUUCUAGAAAAAAGAUGUACCAAUCAGUAUCCCCAGAAGAAAAGCAGUGGCUAUGUUCCGUGUGUGAUGGCUUUCAACUAAGCCUUCCAAUGUUUAUCAGUUGGUAAAAGAUUCCCAUAACGUUUUAAGGCUCUAAAUUUUCCACAUAGACCCCUUUUCCUGCAUGAAAUGAAAGAGUGUAUCACAAACUGUGAGUUAGCCUUAGACAAGCAAAGUCUGAAGAUAAUCGGUAGGAUCAUAGCAUUGAUACAGAAUUUCUUGUGCAUCUUUGCCAUGUCAGGGUAUUAUUGUUAGGCGUAGGGUGAUGUACAUAAUCUGAUGUCGUUAUAUAGAGGGAAAAUAUGUUCAUAGAGAUUGAGUUAAGAUGAAUGACUUGAAUAUUCCUAAACAGAUUAGUUUGUAUCACAUGCUGUCCCUCCAGUGACAGAAGGAUCUGGGAUCCAGUGGAGGCUGUCAGCAAUGGAAGGAUUCUACCCCUUUCCAGCACACUGAGCCAUUUCCUGCAUUGUUCCAAAGGGUCCCUCAUCUCUUGGAGUAGGGUUUGAGACAGCGAUAGGUGCUGCUGGGUGCAGAGAAUGAAUAUGGGGAAACUGACUUCCUUCUCCAUUCCUCUGACUGAAGCCCCCACUAGUUCAGGCAGUAUUCAUUCAUCAGAGGAACAUGGUUGGAUGUCACCAACGCCCUACUGAAUGAAAUAUAUUUUCUCCUUACUAGGAUCUACAGUGCAUUCCCUCACAAUGGCCAGGAAUGCAGGAAAAAAAUUCUGCCACAUUUCUUGCCACUUCUUAUGAAACCAUUCAGAAUAUGUAGUACUUACUCAUCCCAGUCAUCAGUGAUCCAUGUUUUAAAUGCAAUGCAGAAUAAUUUUUAGUAGAAACUAAUUACAUGGCUAGUAAUGUUCAAAGAAGACUUGAAGGUGCAUCUUCAAUAUUGAAAUACCAAUAAAUGCUGUUUCAUAUAAUAACUUCUCCAGAAAGAAGACAUUUCAAUAUCCAAGAAGCGAAAGUUGUUUUAUCUUGUAAAAUAAGAAGUUUGUACAGCAAUCAAAACACACUCCAGCAACUCUUUGAAGCCUUAUCAUUCCUAUUCCUACCAAGAAAUGUCCUUUCAUUGACAUUUCCUUCUAGUUGCUUGCAUUGUUUCCUCAAUCUUUCAGCUUGAAAAUGUAGCUGCAAUAAAACAAAAUGUCAGAGGAAAAAGCAACUACUGUAUAAGUGAUCUCUUAUCCCAGUUCUGAUUUAUUUUUGUACAGUAAAUUGCAUGCUUUGCUGAUAUUAGGUCAUCUUUUAUUCUUGCGGACAAAGGCUAUAGGAUUUUUAUCUGUUAACUAUACUUCAGCACAGCUUUCCCAACCUGGUUUCUUCCAGAUGUUUUGGAUUACAACUCCCAUCACCCACAGCUAAUAUGGCUGUUCUGGCAGGGGCUGAUUGGAAUUAUUUUAUUUUUAUUUAAUGAAUUUUAAUGCCACCCUUCUUCUGAAGAUCACAGGGAGGCUCACAACAUAAAAAUACAAAAUACAUAAUAAAACAAAAACUGUAGUUCAAAGCAUCUGAAGGGUGCAGGCUAAGCAAGCCUGUGUAUUGGUUUUGCAGUCAAAAAUCAGUUGAGGGUAUUGUUAUUGUGUAUGUAAUGGUUAUGGUUUAGAAUGGUGUAGGUUGGAUACCCAAAGUGGUAUUGCAAAGUAACAACCCUGCCUGAUAUUUAUGGUCAGUUUCACACGGCCUUGCUUCAGUUUUGUAUGUUCCUUUGACAUGCAUAUUUUUGAACUUUAAGGCACCAGGCAGCUUUUUGACUCUUGUUGCUUUGGGGCUAAACUCUUUCAUUUAUAUCAGUAUUUAACAGGCAAGGUGCUGCUUAUGUGAAUGUGAUAUAGUUACCUGCCUUUUCAUGUAUUAUACACGUGCAAACGAAGAUCUAGCCACAUGUGUGUAUCUGCUGCACUUGUUACAAGGUAGCUGUCGAUUUUAUAACAUGCAAGGCUGCCUUCUCUCCCCAGUGCUGAAAUUAGAUGUUUACAUAUUAGAAUCAAACAGCCACCGCCAUACCAUUUCUCAGCUCAUAUUUAAAUGACGCAUAGAGAUGGAGGUUGAAGGCAGUAUAAUAUUAUUCCCUCUGGUGUCUGCCACUCAAAACAAUUGCUUCAUGUUCCUUCGUGAUCACACCAGCCUAGUUUCGUCUGACAUUGUCUCUAUCUCUUAAGCUUCUGUUCACAAUUGCAAUGCCUAGAAGAGAAUUGAGGAACCUCCCCACCCCAAGUCAAAUUCAAUCCAAGUGGGAGUGGAUGCCCAUUGACCCAAAGUGGGUGUGGGAGAAACACCCAAAAUGGAUGUGCAGAAAACACACAUACAUCCCAUUCUCUCUCUCUCUCUCUCUCUCUCUCUCUCUCUCUCUCUCUCUGCUGACACACAGACACCCUGAAGGGAUUGGGCCAUGGAGGAAGCUUCCGUCAUUGAUAGAUUCCUUUGUUUAGCCUCUGUGUGCCAAAAAAAUGGCUUCCUUUUCUCAUUGUUUGGAGAAAAUAAAUAGCAGUGGAUGGGAUAUGAUGGGAGAAAUCAGGUGGUCUAGAUCUGGUGUGUGGGCUGAAGGGUCACAGAAAGUGGCAUAAUGCAUCCUGAGCUAGAAGCCAAAUUAUAUAAUGUGUGGAGCUGAUACUUAGCUGUAAUGUCUUUUGCAGAGGCCUCUAAUAAAAGAGAUAAAAAUUAGCAGUAGAUUCAGGAUAGAAAAAAGGACAUAAUUCAAAUACGAAAGUCAGUGAAAGUCAGUGCUGUCUUCUAUAGUCUAGAAUACAGUAAGAUACCAUCCUACUUAAUACAUAAUAAAAUAAUAAUAAUACUUACUGAAACUUUCUGAUGCAUCCUAGUUUCCAAACUAGGGGUUGGAACAUGGUUCUUGUAGAGCUGUACUGUCAGACAACAGAGAGGAAUGCAAUUACUAGUUGCCGCAAUGGCUACUAUAGUUCUUCACAAUACUUCGUGAACUUCCAAAUCCGCGUAGUCCAAAAAAGGCUGAACUAACAUGAAAGUCCAAAUAUCCAUGAAAGUAGCUACUCAGAGGGGUCAACCCCCACCCUACUGAUUUAUAAUAGGCUUCUUUAUACAUUACUCUUUUCAGAAGGAUACGGUGGAAACUUGAUUUCGCUAAAACACGGGUGAGUUAAGAGGUGGGACUUGUGGAUUUCAUUAUCAGCUUCCUUACCUUCUCCUACCAAUCAUUCAAGCAUUUUUGGAAAUACGGAACUUUCUCAAUCAGUUGGUGGUAUGUUCUUCUAUGAUAAAUUUUUAUUGGUAUUAUACAUAUAUACAUAUAAACUUAUACAAAAUCCAAUCAAAAUCCAGUUGGUGGUAUGUUCUGACACUCUGCUUUUCAAAGCAAGAUUAAAAAAACAAAUAAUCGUCAUGCAUGUUCAUUGAUUUGCAAAAGCCUUUGAAUGCCAGCCAUAGUUGGUUUCCACAGCAUAGCUACUGUCAUAUUAUUAAGCAGAUCUGGCCAUUCAGUAAUUCCAAAACACCAAACGUAUUCUCUCUUUUGCAGUGAGCAAAAAUUCAGUUGGCAGAUACAGAAGCUCCAAUUAUUUUGUUUAGAGUUUAUGGUAGAGAAAUCGUUAACUUCUGUUUAUUUAGGUCAAUCAACUGGGCAUCAUUUGACAAUCAAAAGCAGCGGGGGCACAUGUAUAUAUAAAAUGUAUCAAAGCAUUCUUCAGUUGCUGGGUCUUUAGGCAAUCGCUUUGAUGCAAAUCAUUACUUUUCCAAUAAUUACUCUUAAUUUGAAUUAAUUACAAAAAAACCUUGAUUUUCUAUUACUUUGUGAUGAUUUCCCCACUUCCCCAGUGGAUUGGUAAUCCUGUUUAAUUUUCAAGCUUCUGGUAUUUUCCCAUAAGAAUAAGUAAAAGCUGUUUGAAACAUGUUUCUUUCAUAAGUAUUUAGUCACAGGCAGAAACACUGCAAUAUCAACAACUUGAAACAAUAGUCAGAAUAACAUCUAUUCCAAGUUGGAAUUUACUUUUUAUAGUUUUGGGUUUUUUUACACUGUCAGGAUCUCUUUUGUACUUCAUAUUGGAGUCUCAUGUGUGCUAAAAGGCUCACACAGGAUCUGCACCCUGUUUUGAAGCAGUAACACUGGAUAUGGUUUGCUAAAUAUUCUCCCAGCGAUGAGAAAUUAUCUACCACAGUGGUUCCCCAACUCUCCCCACCCCGCACAGAGCACUUGAAAAUUGCUGAGGGUCUUUGCAGACUAUUUAAUGAUUUUUCUGGCUGUUGUAGCAAUUAUAACAUACAGUGAUAAAUUUACAGGCACAGGUUCUGAGAAAAGGAAAUGCAAGACAUAUCGCAUUACAGUGGUACCUCGGUUUUCAAACGUAAUUCGCCCCGGAGGACCGUUUGUGUUCUGAAAUGUUCAAAAACUGAAAACGGAAAACGGAAAUCUCAAUACAGAAGCCGCAUUUCCAUUUUGACUUCCGAGACACGUUCGAAAACCGAAGGAUUUCUUUCCGGGUUUACGAUGUCCGAGUUCCAAAAUGUUUGUCAACGGAGACGUUCGAAAACCAAGGUACCACUGUAUAUCCAUGCAGCAAGUAAUGACCACAAAAUUAUGGCUGUCAGAAGGUCAUUCCAGAGGCUCUUUGCAUCACUAUGUUUCCAAAUCAUGGCUUUUGCCCUUAAAACAGUACAUUUUACAUCAGUAUUAAAAAAAAUCCUUUUUUAAUGCAGCGAUGAGACAAGCUGCAUUAAAAGCUUUGUCCCUGGCUACACCUCAGGGGUAGCCUAUUGCAUUUCACCACCUGAGGUGAAAUGGGAAUUGCCCCCUCCUGCCUCACUUCCGCCACUGCUGUGCCCCGCUGCUCGCUGAACUUGGUGGGACCCAGAGUGCUCCUCAAAGUGUUGCCAAUUGGCUCGCCUCCUGCCCUGCUUGGGGGGGGGCAUAGAUAAUUGACAGCUGGAUAACAAGGACACCCCAGCUCUCACUGAACUCAACAGGAGCUUGGGCGCUCCUCAAUCUGCUAUCACUUGCUUAGCUUCUCUGCUGGGGGGGGGGCAGGGAAGCCGAGCAGCCAUGCUUUGUUCCCAGAAUGCCUCCCUCUGUGGCAGAAGCAGUGGGGGUGGGGGGGUGGAGUACUUCUGCCAGCUAAGGGAGGCUCUUCAUCCCAAGUCAUGGGCAGGCUGCCUCUGCUACAACUCAUGGUCAGCAAAGGGAGAGCUUAGCUACUAGUCCCAGUUCAGAAGCCAUAGACUCGUAGAAUCGGAAGGGACCACAAGAGUCAUCUAGUCCAACCCUCUAGAAUACAAGCAUCUUUUGCCCGACGUGGGGCUCAAACCCAUGACCCUGAUAUUACGAGUCUCAUACUCUACUGGGCUGAGCUAUCCUUGCUUAAGCAAACUUUGGCUUAGAUCAGCACAGCAUGACAGUAAAAAGGACCAGAGAGGAGCCCCUUUCCAUGAUCUUGCUAAGCCACCAUUUGGCUUGUUGUGCUGUGCAAACCAGCAUCGUGUGUAUGUGUGUAGAGGGAACGGAAAGCAACUUACAUAAAAAAAAUGGUGCAGAAUAUUUGGAGGAUAUUCUUCAAGGUGGCCAUCUUCUUGGAUCAGUUGUAUUUUUUUUAAAAAAGUCUGAUUUUACAUGCUCUACAGUUUUACACAGGUCGGCAAAUGCUACGGCAGCACAGCUCCCUUGUGGAGAGAAGCACAAGUGUGGGAACAGCUUGCGCAGUGUCCCAUGAGCGGAGCUACGAAGCUUGUAUUGAACUUAGCACUUGUUCUUCCUGUUACUAAGCGGAAUAGGAGCACUACAAAGAGACAGGAAAGCUACUCCUCAGAGAAAGUGUGCUUUAUGACAAAUGCGUUAAUGACAAGGAAAAUAAUUUCUUCUUCAGCAGGGAAAUUGUCCAAAUGUCUCCCUCUCUGGCUUUCCAAUUUUCCUUUGCUACUAAAGCCUAAUGAGGUAUAACUUUUAAGGAACUGCCAGAUCCUAUCAAGAUCAGUUCAGUUCCGAGACUCUCAGCAUGAGAAGCUUAAGCCUACAUCCUCAGCAAUUAACCUUGCUCACCUUCACACCACUCACAAGUUUUAAAAUGCUUGGCUUGCUCUGUGGGCUACUCACCAAGGUACAACUGUUCCCAGAUUUACUUACUUACUUAUUUAACAAACGCUUGCGCUGCAGCACUUUUGCAGCCCAUGGUAUGGACAGCGACUGAGCACCUGCGGGGCAGUGAACAAAUACAGUGGUACCUCAGGUUAAGAACUUUAUUCAUUCUGGAGGUCCGUUCUUAACCUGAAACUGUUCUUAACCUGAGGUACCACUUUAGCUAAUGGGGCCUCCUGCUGCCGCUGCGUGGCCGCCGCGCAAUUUCUGUUCUCAUCCUGAGGUAAAGUUCUUAACCCGAGGUACUAUUUCUGGGUUAGCGGAGUCUGUAACCUGAAGCGUCUAUAACCUGAAGCGUCUGUAACCCGAGGUACCACUGUAGUACUCUCUCUUCUUCAGUGUUUACUUAUUUAAUAGAUUUGUAUCCUGCCUUUCACAAUAUAUCUCAAAGCCACCUGCAGGAAAAAUAAGACAAAACAUACAAUAUACAACAUCAAAACCACCCAUUAAAAUACCAGAAAAUAGCAAGCAUCGGGGCAGGGUUCAUGGUGCGAAGGCCUCCUGAAAUAAAACCGGUUUAAACUGGCAUCUGAAACUCAGCCUGAUUUCUUAUAGGAUGCUGCCUGCCUGGUUUCUAAUGGGAGGGAGUUCCGUAGAACUGGGUCCAGCACAGUGAAAGCACGACACUUCAUUUGCAUGAGUUUUGCUUCUGGGCCAUGGAGGACCGCUAGUGAGGCUCCCCUCACCCCCGAUGAUCUCAGUACACUGGCCAAAAUAAGUCGCUAACUAGGAGAACCUCCCAGAAAAGUUUUUUUUGGGGGGGGGGGGGAGAAGAGAGAUGACGACCAAUGGUUUCAUAGUGCCGAAAUGAAAACAAACAAACACCUCAUUCAGGUUUUCUUUUUCUUACUGGGCAAUUUCUUGUUUUCCAUCUCUAAAUCAAAGGGUUCUGGAGAAGGGAGCCCAUCAGUCUCAUCUGGCAGCCUGGAGGAGGAUUUUCCACCUCAUUAGUAAAAGGGCAAAAAGCUGAAUUCACCCCAGGGGGAAGGAUUAAAAAGCAUAUAUUCAUAUUCAGCCACACUUUCAUUCUUUUAGUGCCUGGCUAAUUGUGAUUUGGUUUGAUUGCAUUAAAAGCAAGCAAGACUGCAUUUUAUAGGAACUCUUGAUGGGGGGGUAGUUUUUUCUCGGUUUAAACAUUCCUAUAAAAUUACUUUGUUACAUGGUCAGUAGGUCUUUCUUACUUGGCCUAAAUUUUCAGUUCAAGGAAACGGGUGCAGGAUUUGAUGCACAAAUUAGAAGUUGUGUCUUUUUGUCCCUAUUUAUGUAAAUAAUUUCUACCCUGCCUUCCCUGCACUGAAGUGUACAAAACCAUACUGCAGAUACAUCACAAAUACCUGACAUGGUUUAGGGCAUGUAAAAUGAAUCUGGUUUUAGAACAUAGCUCUUGUCAACUUCAUUCUGACAGACAAAAUCUACUCUACCUGUUCCUAGUUAAUUUUGAAUAGGUUGAAUUUCUGUGGUUCUCAAACUGUACAUGGCUAGUCAGGCUAUACUUUUAGGAAAUUAUUGCUGGGUGGGAAGUGUAUAGGUAUUAAUUUUGAAAAAUAGAAAAAUAGGGCUGGGAAAUUGCACAGGCUAUUUCCUUCUUUCUCUUGAAUUGAAACAGCUUCUUUUCAAUCUUUCUUGGCGAGUAGAAACUCAAUCUAGGACAGCUUGACAGUGUAACUUGUGAAGGCACUUAUACAAACAGCAAUCAGAGUCAUUGUUUCGUACAGACAAUGACAGGAAAUGAUCACACCUUCCACUUUUGUGCUUUUUUUCUCUCACUCUGCCAUCUUGGGGCAAGCUCAGCGGUUAACUAUAGGAGUAGAUAGAAUUAUUCUUUUCAGCCAGCAAGGCUCCUUGAUUGGCUAAAUCAUCUUUUUUCUUGCAAAUACCCAUUGAGGAUGCCCCCUACAAGGGAGAUUCAGAUUUUUCAUUUUCUCUCUGUACGUCUGGAAGAAGAGAGCUUUGUGAAUCCCAAUGAAAUCAGUCUGGAUACUAGCCAAUGUGGUGCAGUGAUUACAGGGGCAGCCCACCCAAUUUAGCUGCUUGAAGUGAAACAGGAAAGUGCCACCGCCCAUGGCUGCUGCUGCUGCCUCCCCUGCCCCUAACCAAAGCCAGAGUUGCACAACUUACCAGGUUGCAUGGCUGCAGUGACAAGCUUCUGGCAGUGGAACAGUGGGUGAACUUGGGUGAGUCACUGCCACUCAAACUUAUCUACCAUACAGGAUUGUUGUGCGGAUGAAGUGAGGAGGGGGAAGAACCUUGAGCCCAUGGGAAGGGGGAUAUCAUGCACAUCUCCACACCAAGACAAAAGUGCACCAGGAAGAUCUUGGGCAUCACGUGGCAAGACAGAGUCUCAAACAAAGAUGGGCUUUCCCAAGCUGACAUUUCCAGCAUGUUUUCCCUUCUGUCUCAGUGAUGUCUAGGCUUUGGUCAUAUCCACAGAAUGGAAGAUAGCAGGAUCCCCAAGGAUGUGCUCGAUGGGGAGCUGGCUUCAGGACCAUUGGCAGAACAACUCUGGGUUACAAAGAGUCUGCAAAUGGGAUGUGGAUAGAUAGAUAAUUUAUUACGGUCAAAGACCAGCUCGCACAACACACUAAAAACAGCGUUCAUAAAGAUAAAUUAUACAAUCAGAGCAGAUUGCAGCAAUAGUUCAUGAGUUAAAAUUGAGAUAUAUACAUACACACACCCGUACAACUGAGAUUUGGGCUACCAUAAAAAUUGACCCUGAGGUGCCCCAAAGGGUGACUUCAGCAUUUCCCUAGUAAGCUAUUUUAUUCUAGAGGAUGAUCUGUGCCUACAAAUCUGGGCGCAGAAUCUGACUACCAGCCAGGGCGUCUUGUUAUCUUUGCCUAAGAGGAGAGAACUAAGUUUAGGCUUAUCUGAAAGAUUGGCGAGCCUCUUCAGCAAAGGAUCAAUGGUGUCUCUAUGACUCUCAACAUGAAAAGGAGAUCUAAAAACUAUAUGUUCGGGGCUUCCUAUUUCCCCUAAUGGGCAGGCGCAAAGUCACUGUGCGUGCGGAACACUUCUAUAGGAGCCUUCCAGAACGGGUGAGGGCAAGGCCAAGCUUCUAGCAAGAGUGAAAGCCCUUCUUGCGUUUCUGGAUGCGAGGAAAUAGAGAUAUGUUGCUGGAGCGGCUACGUAUCUCCCUAAAUGGGAUGUGAAGACUGGCAACAUUAACCCCACUGUAUGGGAAUCCCUUGCAGGUGACUGCUGUGUCUGGAGACUAUCAUUCAGGUCGUGUGUCCACAGCAGGAACCAGAGGAGAGGAGGGAGGAGCAUAGGGAGAAGAAACACCAUGGUGCGUCUGUAAAAGUGAAAUCGGAUGCCUUCAUCUUCCCCAGCUGCAACAGUCUUUGCAGCCACAGCAGGCACUGUAACUCUCCAAUGGUUUGGCUUUACCCCCAAUGGCACACUCUUCCAUUGUCUCUUGAGAUAGAUGGAUACUAACAACAACAUUUAAAAGAAAUAGUGUGAGACACAUUCCUGUGGUGGGUGGGGGCUAGGGACAAAAGUGGGCUUGCCCAGAGGCAAAACAGUUCAGGGCUCAGCACUUAAGACUGACAUUCCCCACUGCUGUACUAAAUCAUUGGAGGAGGGGCAGGGAGAACAGUAAACUCAAUGAAAUCCUAGGUACAGGAUGAUGAUCAGCAGCUUGCUAUAAAAAGGUAAACAGACACAUCUAUCGCUGCCUGGUUGAAGAGGAAAGUUUUUGCCUGGCACCUAAAGGUGUAUAACGAACCUCCCUGGAGUGAGCAUUCCACAAAUGGGCAGCCACUGCAGAAAAGGCCUGUUCUCUUGUCGUCACCCACUUGACCUCUCAUGGAGGAGGCACACAAAGAAGGGCCUCAGAGGAUGAUCUCACAGUCCAGGUAGGUUCAUAUGGGGAGAGGUGGUCCUUGUGGUUUUGCAAUCCUGAGCUGUUUACAGCUUUAGAUGUCAAAAACAGCACUUUGAAUUGGGUCCAGAAACUAAUUGACAGCCGGUGUAGAACUCUGCCAUACUCCCUGGUGGGCACUAUGAUCUGUAUGCAAGAUCACUGGUAUGUUCAGCUGUUUCAGAUUAUCUUCUUCUAAUGAAUUUUAACUUCAUGCUUAGCUUUAUGAAAAACCCAAAACCGGGCUUGAUAGAGAAAUCCCUGAGCAGCAAAUAAAUAAUCCAAGAUUUAGCUGUUAAGUUUGAUCUGGCUCUGCCUGCUAAUGUUGCUCCACAUAGGGCAUUGUGUGAUGGCUACACAGAUAAGUUUUAUAUGCCAGUUAGCUCAAAUUGCAUUUCAUGUCACAUCACAUGAGGAAGUAGCAAAAACUGACAGGAAUGUGGGAGCACUGAAGACUAGGAGGGCGGGAAGUGUGGUAUUCUCCUAAGACCAAACUCCCUUGUCAAAAACAAAGGCUGAAAUCAAAGAAAACACUUCCUUCCCAAAGCACCAUGAACUCUAAAUCUAGUUACGGUUUCACUUUGAGAUAGAAAUGAGUUAGCAGCACUCUGCAAGCAACUUGGCAGGAACAUGUCAAAUUCCUGGAAAAACAGACUCUGGGCAAAACAGGCUACCUUAAUUCUUUUUCUUUUAUAUUUUGAAAAUGGAAAGUAAUCUUGAUACAGGGAGCUUUUGUUAAGAAGCAGGAUUAUGAAGGCUUAUUUGUUUGCUACGUGGAACAAGGAAAUCAAGAUUGCCGCUGAUGUAUUUACAUUGGAAGCUGUUUACAGAAUUGUAUUGCUGGUUUUAUCAAAUGCAUCAGGGUUCGAGGUGGGUACAGAGCCCCAUGAUAAUGACUUUGGUUUACAAGGCCUUAGUACUUAGAACAGAAGGCCAAAGUUUUACUGUCACUAAGCCCCUGAUUCGGUUCAUACCCAGUGGUGCUGUGAAGGCUAGGAUACAGGACUAAAGUCCAGGCCCUGCAACUCUGAAGGUCCUCAAACGAUGCCAGAGAAGAAUGUCAACCCCACUUUCCAGCAUUGUCACUAAGCCUGUGCCCCUAAUCCUGUGGAACACCCUCCCACCAGAUGUCAAGGAGAUGAGUAACUAUAUAAUUACAUAACCUUUAGAAGACAUCUGAAGGCAGCUCUAUACAGGGAAUCUUUUUUUUAAAAAAAUGUGUAGUUUUUUAUUAUGUUUUUAUAUAUGUUGGAAGCCACCCAGAGUAACUGGGGCAACCCAGUCAAGUGAGUGGGGUACAAAUAUGAUGAUGAUGCAACCAUGCUUCAAUCCUGGGGCAGGACAUAGAGAAGCAGCAAAAAAAGGGGGGUAAUUAAAUUCUAGGCUGUAUCAAUAGAACUAUAGUGUCAAGAGAAGUAAUAGCACUGCUCUAUUCUGCCUUGGACAGAUCCCACGUGGAGUACUGUGUCCACUUCUGAGCACCACAGUUUAAGGAUAUUGACAAGCUGGAGUGUGUGAAGAAGAGAAGGGUGGCCAAGAUGAUAAUGGCCUUAUGAGGAAUGGUUAAAAGUGUUGAGUAUGUUAAGCCUGGAGAAGACAAGACUUAGAGGUGACAUGAUAACCUUCGUCUAAUAUCUGAAGGGCUGUCACGGUACAGCUGUCACACAAGCAGUAGAAUGUAAUUCCAUGGGUGAACACCAACCAACAUAUUUGCAACUGCAUUCUGGGCCAACUUGACGCUUCGGAAGAAUCUGUAAAGGAAGUUCCCUGUAAAGCACAUUGCAGGAAUCCAAGCUGAAUGUAGCUAAGGUGUGUGUCAUAGCAACCUUUUAUCUCUGACAUUCUUCCCCAUAGGAAGAAUGCUUUCAUUUGUGAUAGAUGAUCUCAUGCUUGGGAAAGCAGGCAGCUCCUCUUCUUCUUCUUUUUUUGGUACAAUGCAGUCAUAGGAUUUAUGCCUCGAUCAAGGUCAUUAAUGUCAGGUGAGAUUUACUUCUUUUUGCCAAAGGUGAGCCCAGCUGAACUGUCACCAGUCUACUUUUUGAAGAGCGGCAGGCAGAGACAACUUAGUUGACCUGCCUCAAAUAGGGACUAGUGAUACCGCCAAAUCAGACAUUAAUGAGCCCACAACAACAAAAAUUCUACACUUGUAGUACUGAUAUAUAUUCAAAGGAGACCCCUUUCAUUCCAUCUCUUUCUCAAAAUUUAACUUGAGAUUAUUUCGAGUGUGUGUGCUGAUUUUGUGCCCAUACAGUGUGCAUUCAUCUGCUAUGCACACUGGCAGCCACAGUUGGCACAUGCUCAGAUUGCUUUAACCCCUUACACUCAAUUAAACUGUGUUUGAUUGCUGAGGUUUACUCAAGCUUUUUGCCAAAUUGGAAAGGCAAUUUGCAAUACUACACCUUUGCUCCAAGUAAUCAAAUUUUGCUGAGAAUUUCUAAAGUUUGAAAAGGUAGGUAUGCCUCCCCAGCAAGGGUGUGCAGCAUGUAAAUGGGAAGUUUAAAGCAAUUCACAAGUCCAGCAAUUUAUUAAAAAAAUGAAAAGCAUUGCCUCAUAGAUUCACCAUCUUUCUUUACUGUAAGCCCUGCAAUUCCCAAAUGGCAGUGUGAGUUGUAUCCAGUUAAGAACUUUGAAAAGUAGUCAGCUUCAGGGGCAGAUCUUCUAUGAAACUAAUGAAGCUUCAGCUUCAGGGCCUCUCAUCCCAGAGUGGCCCCAGACUUGACUUUAGUCCACAAUGCUUAAGAAUUUUGGGUUUAGUAGACUCAAUCCAAAUCACAUUGAUUUGAGUCAAAUUGAUUCAUUUUUUAAAAUAUAUAUUUCAACAAUCCCAAAGUUUGAGAGUCAGUAGCACAGACAUUGUAACUGUGCGGUGAUCUGUCAUGGAACAACCCCAUUGAAGAAGAAAACAGUGGUUACCGAGACUUUGUUGCUAGUUGUGAAGAGGGUCCCCAGAAUGUAAGUCCACCACUAGUCAACUUAUAUGUGCUGCUCUCUGAUCGUUCUGAUGGCUGUUGUUAUUAUGUUUAUCACUGUUAUAAUUUAUUUAUUUACUGCCUUCUAAAUAACCAAGGCAAUAUACACUGAAGACAAUUUUGAAAAAAAAAACAGAUAAAAACACAAAACCAGCAAAUACAUUUAAAACCAUACUAAGUAGACACUGGUGGUUCAUAAAACCCCAUUUAUCCAGUUGGAAAAACCUGUUGGAGUAAAACUGUAGGCCUCUUAUACCCUUAAACUGGGUUAAUUUUCAUUUAAGAUGAAUGCAUGGCAGCUGUAAGAAGUGUGUUCUGCUGCCAGCACAUGUUGACUGAGAGCAGGGAGAAGAAAAUGUCCUACGAGGGGAGGUUGUAUGUUCCUGAGAAGGAAACUUGCAUUGGUAUCUUCUGGGACUUCAACCAUGAACUCAGCCCUCUCUCCCUCCACUGCCCAUCAGGUUUGCCAAAAGGUUUAUAAUACUAGUUAAUUAAACAGGAAUUGUGAAGUGUGUGUUAAAUGAUUCCUCUAUUUUGAAAUGUGUAUUUUAUAUUGAAAGCUACUCUAGAUGUUGAAAUGUAUAUUGAUGCAUUUUAUUGUUUUAAAUUUCCUUGAUGGGUUUAAAAAUUCACAUAAAUAAAUGGCAACCUUUUAUUUCAGAGUAUCAAUUUAUUGUAGAGUAAUUGCAGAGUAUCGAUGAACAAUAUGGAUGACCCUUGUUUCAUAGUGUCUUGGAACGCAACAGACUAGAGAUAGGAGCUCAGCCAUUAUCUUUCAUUUUAUAAAUUUUGAUCUAGUGACCCUAAUUACCCCAACACUGGACUACUUAACACAGCUAUAAUGGGCAAAUAAUUGUUAACUGAUUCACAAAAACAGCAAUAAUCAAGGCUUCCAAAAGAGAAAUGCCUUAAAAAUCCACUAGUCAUUUAAUUAGCAAAAGAGGGGAAACAGUCAGGGGAAACAGUCCACUGCCUUUAUUUUAAUCUUGCAGGGUUCAUCAGUGCUAUCCACAUAAUGAAGGAUUAUGCAUGGGUCUACAGGUGUGCUUGAAAAGCAUUUAUCAUUCAAUGUUCACAUUUGUCUCGAAUAAACUGAGUCAAUGGUAGUUUCUAGAUGGGUGUUUGUUGUGGAAUCAGCAUUCCUUGUACAUCCAAGUUUAUCACAGCAUCCACGCACCAUUGUUGACUUGCCAGAUCAUAAAAAAAAAAAAAUCAGACUCCACCUUUAUGUGGAAAAUGUAAUAAGUUGGGGGGAAAUUGCCAGUGACCUGUUUCUGAUAUCUGAACAACAAUGCUAAGUCCAGUCUGGAAGAACCCAAUACUUAACGCUAGGUGAGAUGUAAACCAUAGAAACUGCCAAUGGAAUGAAUGAGUGUGCUGUUGUUUCUUGUUUGUUUGUUUUUGUUUCUUAACCUUAAAUGUUUUAGCAAUUGAGCUCACUUCUGUAGCAGCCACCCGAUAAUCCCUAGUUUAUUCUCUCAACUGGUCUGCUCCAGCUAUGUGUACAAGGCUGUGACAAGCCUCAACAUAUAAAUAGCUCUGUUUCCAGGGUUUUGGCUCCCAGAAGAAGUAAAGAAUUGGUUUCUUUGUUCUGUUUUUUUUUUUAAGCCAAGAAGAGAUGCAUUCCCCAGAGGGCCAGAGUUCAGAUGCGGGCAAGGUCACAAAUGCAGUGAUUUCUUAAGUCUCCCCUUUCCCUGCUCCUCACUUGUCAGUGUCACAAGACCAUUUGGAUUUUGUGGCAUGAAUAAACAUUUGCAGCUUCUAGACUCAAUAUAGCACUGGAAUUAGGACAGAAGGGUUAGCUAGGCUGUGUCCUGUGAUGGGAAGUACACAUAAUUGAUUGCAACCUAUAUAGGGGAGGGCACUGUGAUGAGGCUUAUAUUGGAGUUACCAUAAUAAUUUGCAUGCAUUAUAGUGGUGAUUAGGUGUAACCUGCACCAGAAAUACCCAAUUUCAAUGUAAACAAAUAACCACUUAGAACAAAGCAUAUUGUUUAAGCAAAGCUGUACAUACAUGCUCUGGGGAAAACAUAAUUAUUCUGCAUCUAAGAUUAUUCACUAUCUUUCCCCGUCUCCUCCCCACUUUGUUUGUCUCCCCCCCAUCCUUUGACAAAAACUGAAGCUCUAAUUUAGCCUGGCCUGGAGCUGUCCAAGGUACCAUUGGAGCCCAGCCUGACUUCUGUACAGCUAAGGCCAUUGCUCAAAACUGAACAGUGGUUCUCUUGCCGGUGGUAGUCUGUGGAAAACCCUCUAAAUGGGAUGCUUUGUGGUGGGGUGCAAGCACUGGCGGAGAAAGAGGAGUGCGGGGGGAGCGCACCGCCCCUGGCAGUGCAAUCCCAGCAGGGUGCCAUUGCAGUUGCCUGCCCGCCUAUGCUGGGUGCCCUGCCCCCACAGGUGGCACGCCCCAUCCCCAGUAUGUGCGCCCUGCCCCUGUGGGUGGUGUGCCAGCCCCACCCCCACCUGCUCUCCGUCCCCCAGUGCCAGAGCAUGAAGCUCCGCCACUGGGUGCAAGUGGCUUUAGAUUUGCAGGAUCCAAAGUCCCAUGGAAACCAUGAGAAACUUGCUCCUAAGGCUACUUAGCUGUGCCUGCUUGGAGCUGACAAGAAAAGCAGAAAUCAAUCCCUGCCUUCUGACCUGGCCAGUCCCUGCCUUCAGGUAUGGCGGUGAAUUUGCUGCUUCAUUCAGCUUCUCCCUGGAUGGGUUUUGUAUUGCUCUAUUACUUCUCCUCUUUGAUCAUACUUGCAGUCAGGCUGAUAAAAGGGUAGGUUUUCUAUCACUGCAUGUGACUAUGCACUCAACAUGGUAGCUACUGCAUUGGUGGAUGUUUGGAGCAUGUUCAUUCAUUGCUAAAAUUGACCUAAACUUUUUAAAAUGGGCACUGUGCAAUUCAUUGUGUCUCCCCACAUGUUGUGUCCUAAAGGCAGGGCAUAUAUCAUGGAAGUGUGACCUUUACAAAUGCAAGUCUGACGGUUAGAAAAACAAACACCUUCAAUCAUUUGGGAGGAAGGAAAAAAAACAUAGAAAAUUCUGGUUUGAAAAAAAACAAUAAUCAAAAUACAAAUUAUUGGGGGCCCACAGGAUGAUUUACUGGGAUCAAAUCACACAAUAUUUGCCAACUAUGGGGUAGAGUAUAGUGGACCAUGUAUGAUACAUGGCAACUACAGAAAUAGAGGGAGUGUUGCACUCUUGCGUAGGUAAUGCACUGACACCAGUGAGAAGUUCCCAAGCAGCUAUUUAAGAAAUAGCUGGAAAAAAGUGAUCCAGUUUAGGACUGUCUCAAAAAGCAAUCUGCCCCCACCCCCACCCCCCGCCAAGUAUACACAGAUUAGACUCAGAAUUGGUGAGCAUACUUCACUUCAGGAGAUGAGGAUCAAGUCAGUUCAUAUUGGACUCCUCAGUGAUCAAAUUCUCUGCCACCCCUCAUUUGGCAACCACUGGAAUUGGAUGUUAGAGAGGACUCAAGAACCUAAGCACCUGUUUUUUAAUACCUUCAUUUCUCUUGCAAAAAUCUUGUGGCAGGGGAUUAAUUUUGUCAUGGGAAGUAAAAUCCCAUAUGUAUUUUUAUUAGCACUGUUGCUUGCAGGACAAGGAAUGAGAGUUUAUUUUACACUUCAGCUUGUAAAAUUCCAUGGCACUUUUUCCGAGCCAUGUCCAAUAGGCCUUGACAAAGCAUGGAAUGCAAAGCCAAGCACUUUAGGAUGCCACUGAAUUCAAUGGGAGAUGGUUAAGCCUUUGCAUAACACCUUUGUUGAUAUCAACAGGAUGCAAAGCUGCUCACCUUUAGCUGGAAUGAAUAUAAGAAGCCACUUUACACUAAGUCAGAACAUUGGCCCAUCUAGCUCAGCACUGUCUACACUGAACAGCAGCUGCUCUCCAGGAUUCAGGCAGGGAACAUACCCAGAGAUGCCAGUAACUGAGCCUGGGACCUUCUGCAUGCAAAGCGGGAGCUCUGCCCCUAAGCUUCCCAUGGGCCACUUAGUGUAUUUGUUGCCUGCAGAAAUCUCUACAUAACAAAAUGUUUGGCAUUGAUCAAUCGGUAGCACAUUUCCUGAUUAAAUCCAUUUGCUUUAGAUAAUAGAAUCAGCCACAUUUUGCAACCUUUCCCCAUUCUCAUGCCACCCAGGUGCAUUAUUUAACAUUUCAUACUUUCAUAUUCAAAGGAUUUUGUUUAGCUGUUUGUUUGGCAUGCAAUAUGUUCCUCCUAAUAUAAAAUAGUGGUUUCUUCCCACCCCACCCCCCGCCCCAAGACUUUCUUAUAACCUGUGAAUUUGAUUUUUGUGAAGCCCUUCAUAAAAAUUUGAAGAUGUGUGUAUAUUAACAUACAUUGAUUUAUUCACAGUGUUCUAUUACAUAUAAGCGAGGAUCCUGUAAUAUCAAGAAAGGUUAAGGGAGCAGUAGAGCGUGGUAUAUUUUAUUGACAGUUCCACCGAAAUUGAGCCACCUUUAUAUUGAAUUUGGAACACAGAAAAGAAAUUAGCUGGUAAAUAAGUCAUGAGGUUUACCUCUGAAUAUGUGUGUACAUCUGCACAGUGGCCAUUGAUAAGUAUAAUGGAACUUGGAUAGAAUUUCAAAAGGUGUGCUUUAAGCUUGUAGCUCUCCAAAGGGGUCUUAGUAGCUGCAGCAACAUAUUUAUUCAUGAAUAUUUGCUUGGGUUUGUACUAAAGUGCCUGCUUUCUGAGGUGUAUAGCAACUCUGAAAGCCAAGGACAGUGAUCAGAAGAGGAGGAGGAGGAAUCAAGGAGAAUUGAAUAAGUGGUCUCUGGCUUGCAGCCGAUGCUUUCUCAAAUAUAGAAAAGCACUGAAAUGCAUACCAAAGGUUUAUUAAACAUUUCACUGUUUUGUUUUUGAGAAGCACUACCUGUAAACCAGAGGCCAUUUAGCCCUAAUGAAACGUAAUGAAGUUAGGGUUCUUUCAUUUCUUCUUCUUCUUCUUCUGUGAUCACUCGUAGCUGAGUAAGAUUGUCUUCCAUAAACAUGGUUUUAACAGUGUCUAUAAGUGUCUGUGGACGCCAAUUCUGGAUCCACACGUCCUUCCACAGUGGAGACCUAGGUUUCCCGACGGGAGUUGAUCAUAGUGAAGGUUUUCCAAGCAUGCCUUCCUCUUAGCACGUUUCUCCCUUCCGUCCCGAGUUCAAGCGUCUUUGAGUCCCAUGACACCUUUGUUAAAGGCUAUUCUCUAAUUGGAGCACUCGCAGGCUAGUGUUUGCCAGUUGUCUGUGUUUAUGCUACAUUACCAUCAUCAAGACCCAGCAUUGUGUGGCCAAUGUCCUAUGUGAAACAUCAGCUAUGAAAAGUAGCUGCAAAGGUAGGAAGAUACCCACCCCAUUGUUGCCAGCUCAUUUGAGUUGGGGAGCUUCCUCAAGCUUGGUUAGAAAAGCUUAGGGAUUGCUCAUCUUCCUUGGUCCUAAAAGCUUUCCUAUGCCAUACCUGUGUCAGUAGCUCAGAGGCUGCCUAAUUCCCCAGAUACGUACAAACCAGCUAUUGUAUGAGCUGUGGUUGCUACUGGAAUGGGGGGGGGGUCAAAUAAGACACUUUGGGGGUGAUUGCAAAGGUUCAAGGAUCUUGCUUUACACAGUCCCAGUCAGAUGUGAACUUUUUAGAUAAACAACUUUCAAUCCAUAUAUCAAAGCACUAUGAAGUGGAACAUUUGUAAUCUAAUUAAGAUUGAUAGCGAGAUCGCAUGUUACCAGACCAAACUGGCCUUGGAUAUCUAUGAGACGAGUAAAUUUAGCAAAAAGCUUUGGGUCAAUCUUGAGAUUUAUUGAUAAAUAGUAUCAUUUUCUGAUGUUUCCCAUUAACCUACUAAUAUGUUGCAAAUCACUACCAAAAAACAACAAUAAAAAAAUGCCCUGUGACAUUUACUAUAGCAUGUACAAACGGUGUAAUUAUGAUCUGAUGAGAAGAGCUGCCGGGUGCCAAGUUAUCUAACUUAGGACAGUUGCAUUCGUAUCACAUCUGCUGUAUAGAUUUUUCCAGGCAUUCUAAUUGAAAGUUAGAUCUUUAUGGGAAUAGGAAAGGGAAUUAGUAAAACAUUACAAAAUUACACAAGGCCUCUGAUUUUCUCUUUCCUUCAUUUCAGAUUACAUACAAGGCUGUUGGGUCCCUAGAUCCCACCGCUGACCUGUCUAACCAAAGAGGGAAGGUCUUCAAACUAAGGAAUGAAACGCAUCAUCUCUUUGUAGGGCUGUAUCCAGGGACUACUUACUCAUUCACCAUCAAAGCCAGCACAGUGAAGGGCUUUGGACCCCCCAUCACCACAAGGAUUGCAACUAAAAUUUCAG